AUGUCCGCCAACCAAACCUAUCUCAUCACCGGCGCCAACCGUGGCAUCGGCAAGGGCUUCGUCACCACCCUCCUCGCCCGCCCCUCUAUCACCGUCAUAGCCGGCGUCCGCGACCCCUCCGCGUCCUCCUCCAAAGCCCUCGCCUCCCUCCCCAAGGGCGCCUCCUCCACCCUCAUCCUCGUCAAGAUCGACUCCUCCGUCGACUCCGACCCCGCCGCCGCCAUCGCCGCCGUCCAGGAAGAGCACAACAUCACCACCAUCGACACCGUCAUCGCCAACGCCGGCAUCUCACACACCUCCGGCCCCGUGCGCGACACCGCCUCCGCGCCCGCUCUGGACCACUUCCGCGUGAACUCCAUCGCCCCCCUCCUCCUCUUCGCCGCCGCCGCCCCGCUGCUGCGCAAGAGCGCCAACCCCGUCUUCGUGGCGAUCUCCUCGGCGAUCGGCAGCGUCGGCCUGCAGGAGAGCCUGGCGAAGCUGUUCCCGCCGGGCGUGGGGCUGAGCCCGUACGGCGCGAGCAAGGCGACGCUGAACUGGCUGGUGAAGCGGCUGAGCGUGGAGGAGGAGUGGGUGACGGCGUUUGUGUUCCACCCGGGCUUGGUGGAGACGGAUAUGUCGGCGGCGCUGGCGGAGAAGAAUGGGGUGGCGGAUGCGAAGAGUUUGGGGGCGAUUACGGUCGAGACGAGCGUGGGCGGGAUGGUGAAGGUGAUUGAUGGGGCGACGAAGGAGGUUAGUGGCAAGUUUAAGAAUUAUGAUGGGACUGAUUUGCCGUGGUAG